AUGGGGCUGGAGCUCCUAAAGGAGCAUCCUACGGCAAUUGCGGAGCUACAGGAAGUCUCGGUUGCCAAUUUGCUUCUGUAUGCAGAUGACUGUUUCCCAUGUUCACAAGAUCAGUACCCAAACCAAGCUCACAACCUUUGCAUUCCAAAACUCAUCACAUUUUUGUCUCAUGAAGAGUCUCUGGGAAUUAGCCUGACAGCUAUUGCUUCCUUCUUUUCUUUCAUCUCAGUUAUGGUCCUGGGAAUCUUCAUUAAGCAUCGGGACACCCCCAUUGUCAAAGCCAACAACCGGAACCUCACCUACAUUCUUCUCAUUGCUCUCCUCCUCUCCUUCCUUUGCACUUUCCUCUUCAUUGGGCAACCAAAUCAGGUGAAUUGUCUCAUGCGACAAACUUCUUUUGGCAUCAUCUUCUCUGUAGCUCUUUCUUGCAUAUUGGGGAAAACAAUCAUAGUGGUCCUUGCUUUCAUGGCCACCAAGCCCGGAUCCAAAAUGAGGAAAUGGGUGGGGAAAAGGCUGGCCAACGCUAUAGUUCUUUCAUGCUCUUUGACACAAUUCUCCAUUUGUGCAGUGUGGUUGGCAAUUUCCCCCCCAUUCCCGGAUUCUGACAUGCACUCCAUGGCUGAAGAAAUUGUCCUAGAAUGUAAAGAAGGUUCAACCACUAUGUUUUAUACUGUUCUUGGUUUUUUGGGAUUCUUGACUGCUGUCAGCUUCUCAGUAGCCUUCCUAGCUAGGAAGUUACCCGACAGCUUUAAUGAAGCCAAAUUUAUCACCUUCAGCAUGUUGGUCUUUUGUAGUGUCUGGAUAUCCUUUGUUCCCACCUAUUUGAGUACAAAGGGAAAAUACAUGGUAGCUGUUGAAAUCUUUUCCAUUUUGGCUUCUGCAGCUGGAUUACUGGGUUGCAUCUUUUCCCCUAAAUGUUACAUUAUUAUUCUGAGGCCUGAUUUGAACAGAAAGGAACAGCUGACAAAAAAAUGAAACCGAUUUAUUUGGUCCACUAUAAGUUCUCUAAAUUGUGACAGAAUCCUCAUUUGCCUCAUUAAAUUGCUACUGACCAUCUUGAAUAACUGAUUGAAAACUAAAACUUUAAACCAAAAGUAUGCAGUUGUGAAAUAUAACAUUUUGAAUGCAAUUCUUAUAGCAAGUUACCUAUAUAACCCUGGCCAAACUGAUUGGCUUUGGGUAUUUUUCAUCCCUAGUUCUGCAUUAUCGGUUCAUGACUCCCUGUGCUUUGUUACUCCAGACCUGGGUAUCUCUCAUCUGGACUAUUGCAUCUACAUGAAGCUACCCUUGCGGUCUCCUCAAAAGCUUUAGCUGGUGCCUAGUGCAGA